GACCAAGUCUGACCACCUCUUGGCCCGGGAUGGCUCAGGGUGACAUGGCCUUCUUCUCCAGGCCGUCCUCCGCCGCAGUCAAGAUAGUCGCUCCUUCCACCCAGGACCCUCCCAGCCCAAGGUCUCCGUCCGCCAAGAAGGACUCUACCCAACGCCAGUGUAGAAAUAUCCUCAUAUACGGAUCGUGUAAAUUCCAAGAUAAAGGCUGUAUCUAUUAUCAUCCUCCUGCCCGCGACGACUCUUCGCCUGUACCACCUGAUUCUCCUGUUCCGAGUGCCGCGCUGCCGGCUCAGGCCGUUAACGCACCUGUAUUCGUUCCGAAGACCGCAACCGCAGAGAGCCCUGAACCAGUCCCCGCUGUCCCGUCGUUCCCUUCCAUCUUUUCUCCAUCCGAAGUGCCGUCGGAACAUCAGUUAGUCGAGUCUGACUACCAAGAGAUCGACGAGUACGACCCCUUCGCCUACGAUGGCACCAAUGGCGACACCUUCAGCGAUGGGUCCCAUCUUAUGGCGAACCCAUACGCAAACGGCGCUGAUCCUGCGAUGAUGGGCUUCGACGGAGAUCCGCUGUAUUCUACCCAGUUUACCUUCGCUCAGCAACCACUGAAUUACCACCUGUACACACAACCGCGCCCCGAGAACCUCGCACAUCGGUACUUCAUAUCGGAUAACAUCCGUGAGGAGCUUCAGAAUCGCGCUGAGACGCUGUACAACUCCCCGGCUCACGGACUUAAUUUACCUGAGGAGCUACAGGGGUAUCACUCCCUACUUCCCCUGGAGCCCACUGCCGGCGAGCGCCGCAAGUUUGGUAAUUGGUAUUCGACGAUGUAUCGCGCAACGACCUUCACGGACGGUGUGUCGUACGCCUUGCGGCGCGUCGAGAACUUUCGCUUGAUGCAGCAGGCCGCGUUCAGUGGGAUCGAAACGUGGUCCCGCCUUCGACACCCCAACAUCAUCUCCGUGCGCGAAGCCUUCACCACGCGCGCCUUCGGCGACAACUCGCUCGUCGUCGUGUACGACUACCACCCGAACGCGCGCACGCUGUACGAGGCGCACAUCAAGCCCAAGGCACCGCAGUACCAGAACGGCCGCCUGAUGACCCAGAGCCCCCGCCUCCCGGAGAGGACGAUCUGGUCGUACGUUAUACAGCUCGCGCGUGCGGUCAAGGCCGUCCACGACGCGGGCAUGGCCGUACGCAUCAUCGAUGCGACGAAGGUGCUCGUCACCGGCCAGAACAGGCUCCGCAUCAGCGCGUGCGGCGUGGUGGACGUGCUGACGUACGAGGCGCACCCGGACGUGUCGAUCCUGCAGCAGGAGGACCUGAUGAUGUUCGGGAAGCUCGUGUUCGCGCUGUGCACGAAUAACCUCGCGGCGAUGAACAACUUUGCGAAGGCGGUCGAGAAUGUCGGGAGGCAUUACUCUGCGGAGCUCAAGGCCGUCGCGCUCUUCCUCGUGUCGAAGCCCGCGCCGAACAAGACGAUCGGUCAGUUGUUUGAGAUGUUUGGUGGACGGAUGCUCGCGGAGAUGGACGAGAUGCAAAACGCUAUCGAUUGCCUCGAAGGCGAGCUGAUGAGCGAGCUCGAGAACGCGCGGCUCGUCAGGCUGCUCUGCAAGUUUGGGUUCAUCAACGAACGGCCUGAGUUCGCAAGGGAGCCGAGAUGGUCGGAGACGGGGGACAGGUAUAUCAUCAAGCUGUUCCGCGACUACGUCUUCCAUCAGGUCGACGAACAUGGCAAUCCUGUGGUCAAUCUGUCGCAUGUCUUGACAUCCCUGAACAAGCUGGACGCCGGCAGCGAGGAACGGAUCAUGCUUGUGUCUCGGGACGAACAGAGCUGUCUGGUUGUGAGCUAUAAGGAGGUCAAGUCUUGUAUCGACUCUGCGUUCAGCGAGCUGUCCAGGCGCUGAAGACGAGGGGGUGGUACAUUCAUUGCACAGAAAAUAGCUAGAAUCAGAAAAAGACGCAGAAAAUACAGACAAAAUGACGACCCGGCUUUCUCUCUACCUGUGGCCUCGCAUCGCCUGUCGCAUGCCUGUCAUCGUACUCUCAUAUUGAUGAUAGAGACGCCUCCGAGUCGUAUGACUGUGGAGGUCGUGUUGUGCGCAUGGA